AUGCAUCCUCUCACACUAUACGUCGCCGGCGUAGCAGUACUUGGCUUUGCCAUAUACGCUUUGCUUGACGCCGUCUCGAAGUACAAUGCCAAAUACAAUCCUCGCGGACUCCCUGGGCCAACUCUGGUACCGUGGCUAGGACGGGUCCAUGACUUGCCUAUCCAGUAUAUGUGGUUGAAGUUCAAAGAGUGGGCCGAUAUCUAUGGACCCAUAUACCGAACAAAAAUGCUGGGCGACAACUUCGUUAUCAUAACCGACGAGUCGAUAGCCGAGGAGAUUCUCAUCAAGCGGGCGAAGGUAUAUUCUGAUCGUCCUGAGAUCAAGUCGUUAUUCGAUGCGAAGAGCACGCAUGGUUCAAUGGAGUAUCUGCCUCUUAUGGGCAAAAACAAAUACUGGGCCCGUCAGCGAAAGUUUACUCACUCCUAUCUCACCGAGGCAACCAACAACCAGUAUUACGGAAUUAUGGAAUUUGAGGCAAAAAGAUUGCUCUAUAGGCUUAUUGAGAGGCCCGAUAACUUCUUCGCCGACGUUGAGGAUAUGUGCUCCAAAGUCAUGUGCACGCUAUCAUGGGACGAUCCCACAAUCAGCACAACCCUUUCCCCAAGUGCUUGGGGUCUCCUCACACAGAUGUCACCUGCUGGGCCAAUCACCAAUGUGUUGACACCUCUUUGGGAUUACAUUCCGCAAUCAAUCAACCCAUGGAAGAUCAGGGAACGCGAACGACAUGACACACAGCAAGCCUUUUUCAUGAAAUGUCUCCAGGACACCCGGCGACUGGUGGAGAAGGGCAAGCAGCGACCAUGCUUCACCCGAUCGUAUCUGGAAACUGCGGAGAAGUCAAUGAUCAGCGGAGAUUACGAAGCAUCUUGCGUUAUCGGAAUGAUGGGUCUUGUCGGUAUCUUCACGGUGACGGGACCUCUCUACUACUUCUUGAUAUCAAUGGUCCACCACCCAGAAUGGCAGCGCAAGUGUCAAGACGAAAUCGAUCGGGUUUGCCAAGGUCGAUGCCCGGUUCUCGCUGACAUGCCAAACCUCCCGAUCCUUCGUGCGUGUAUCAAAGAGACGAUGAGGUGGAAGCCAACGGUACCAACUGGCGUUGCUCACGAGUGUGAAGCCGACGAUUGGUACGAGGGAUACUUCAUUCCCAAGGGCACGCGCAUCCUGCCUCUCGACUGGGCAUUCCUUCGCAAUCCUGUCAAGUACCCAGACCCGGAAUCGUAUCGACCAGAAAGAUGGCUGGAGUCAGGCUGGCCGACAUUCCAGGAGCCACUCACAAAGUUUCCCUCGGUGAAAGGAAUGACAUCCUUCGGUUGGGGUCAGCGUCAAUGUCUUGGGAUGUCCAUUACUCAGGAUGAGACUGUUGUCGGUUGCGGUGCUCUAGCAUGGGCUUUCAAUUUGAAGAGAAAGGUCGACCCAACGACUGGAACCGAGAUUGAAGUACCGCUGAACAAGUCGAACUCGCUUCUCAUUCUCACCCCAGAUAAAUUUGAGAUGGCCUUCGAGCCACGGAGCCCUGCACGGAAAGAGGCGAUCAUCAAGCAAUGGAAAGAAGCUGAGGCGAAAGACAUGGAGGAAAGGGCGGCAUUCCUGAGGGAGGCAGAGCGGAAGAGUCAAUUCAGUGACAGGCCAAUGAUGCAAGGGGACCCCACAUGCUACCCCUCCAUCACCCCUCAUCGUCCCUCUUCUCAACGACAACAACACCAUCAUACAAUCUCCCUCACCACACCCAACAUCAACAUGUCGAACCCCAAGGUCUUUUUCGAUGUCACCAUUGGUGGCCAGAACGCUGGCAGGAUCGUGAUGGAGCUUUACGCCGACCAGGUCCCCAAGACCGCAGAGAACUUCCGCGCUCUUUGCACUGGCGAGAAGGGAACCGGCAGGAGCGGCAAGCCCCUCCACUACAAGGGCUCCUCUUUCCACCGCGUCAUUCCCCAGUUCAUGCUCCAGGGUGGUGACUUCACCCGCGGCAACGGUACCGGUGGUGAGAGCAUCUACGGCGAGAAGUUCGAGGACGAGAACUUCAACUUGAAGCACACUGGCCCCGGUGUUCUUUCCAUGGCCAACGCUGGUCCCGGAACCAACGGCUCCCAGUUCUUCAUCUGCACUGUCAAGACCUCAUGGCUCGAUGGCAAGCACGUUGUUUUCGGACAGGUCGUCGAGGGCCUCGACAUCGUCCAGAACAUCGAGAAGGUCGGCUCCUCCAGCGGCAAGACCCAGACCACCGUCACCAUUGUCAACUCUGGCCAGUUCUCCAGUAUUCGUCCGCGAACUGCCGCAUCAUCCCGACCCGUUAUAUGCCAAGCCGGGUACGAGUCUUGA